AUGUUGUCUCUCUUGAUUCCUGGCCCAAAAGCUCCUGGAAAAAAUAUUGAUACUUAUUUGCAACCUCUUAUUGCUGACUUGAAGGAACUAUGGGAAGAUGGAGUUGAAACGUAUGAUGCAUCAAGUAAGCAGAAUUUUAAACUCCAUGCUUCUGUACUUUGGACUAUAAGUGAUUUUCCAGGAUAUGCAAAUUUAUCAGGAUGGAGUACCAAAGGUAAAUUUGCAUGUCCUACUUGUCACAAAGGUACACAUUCAUUUUGGUUGUCAAAAGGUAAUAAAUUUUGUUACAUGGGUCAUAGGAGAUUCUUAGGAAAAGAACAUCGGUUUCGUAAAAAUGCUCAACUCUUUGAUGGUUCAAUUGAGAAUGGAACUCCUCCACAACAAUUAUCAGGUGAUAUGGUAAUUGAUGAACUAAAGGAUUUUUCUAUAAGGCUUGGAAUAGGGGUUCAAGGCAAUCCAGAGUUGCCUUUUAGUAAGUCGAAAGACAAUUAUAAUUCACGGCGUGAUUUAAAAGAGAUGGGGAUUAGACCAGAGUUUCAUCUAGUUGAAAAAGAAUCUGGGAAAGUUUACAUACCUCCAGCAUUAUAUAAGCUGAAUAGGGACGAGAAGAACACAUUUUGUGACAUUUUACGAAAUGUUAAGGUUCCUGAUGGUUAUUCUUCGAAUAUCUCCCGAUGUGUUCAACUAACACCACCUAAGCUUAUUGGCCUAAAAAGUCACGAUUAUCACAUUUUGAUGCAACAAUUACUUCCUAUAGCUUUGAGAAAAAUGUUGUCGACGUCAAUACGUUCUCCUUUGCUACGAUUGUGUGCGUAUUUUAGAGAACUAUGCUCGAAAGAAAUUUUUCCUGAAGACGUGGCUCGUUUGGAAAAUGAGAUUCCCGUGAUACUUUGUGAGCUGGAGAAAAUAUUUCCCCCAUCAUUUUUUGACAUUAUGGUUCAUCUACCCGUACAUUUAGCUACGGAAGUGAAACUUGCAGGCCCAGUUUACUAUCGUUUGAUGUAUCCAAUAGAAAGGUAUUUGGGAACUCUGAAAUCACAUGUGCGCAAUAGAAGUAUACUUGAAGGAUCAAUUGCUAAGGGCUAUUUGGCUGAAGAAUGUUUGACAUUUUGUUCUCUGUAUUUAGCAGAAUAUGUAGAGACAAAAUUUAAUCGAACAUCUAGGAAUGAAGAUAGAAACACAGAUGAUGUCGCUGGAUUGGAUAUAUUUAAUAUGGGAGGUCAUCCUCUUGGAAAAGCUACUCCUACAGAGUUUGAUGAUGAAACACUAAAGAAAGGGCAUCAAUAUGUUGAAGGACUGGAAGUUAUUGAGGGAGAUCCAAUUUCAAGAGAUUUAAAAUUUCUAGGCAAUUCUAAUUGGCAUGUAGUUGUUUCUACUGUUGCACGAGCACGAUACAAAAUGGAAUCCCUCGCAGAUGUUGAAACAUUCUUGCAAAGUAAUGUUUGCAAUCCCACGGGUAGUUUUGAAAGUGAUGAUUUCAUUUUGGUUCGUGAAGAAGAAGAAGAAGGAACUGAAAUUGACAUUGAUCGUCUGAAAGAGAAAUCAAAGAAAUCCAAGAAGCAUAAGAGUCGUUCUCAUUCUUAG